AUGAAAAUACAAAGGGAAAAAACAAAGUCAUCAACUCCUCUUAGAAGAAUACCUAAAAAUAGGGGAACCGUUGUAAAAAAUGCCAAUGAAACAAACCCAUUGUCUGAAAAAGAAAUAAAAAAUGUGAUUGAGGUAUACUCUGAAGCUAAUAAAGCUUAUUAUAAAAAUUACAUAAAAAAUGAAAAUAACAAAAAAAAAAAAAAGAAGAAAAAGAAAAAUGUUUCUAAAAAAACGGAAAGUGAAGAAUUUAAUUCCCUGAGCCUAAAUCCAUUAGACUAUAGAAAUCAAAAAUUUGAAGAAAAUGGGACUCUAUUACAUUUACCAGGAUCUAGUAUUACUCCAAAAUAUACAACUCAAAACAUAAAUGCAGAUUAUAGAGUGGCUUCAAUGUCAUAUGGAACACUUCAUAAAUCGAACCCUUUAUCUUGGGGAUGUGAAUACAAAAAACAUUAUGAACUUCCAACUAUUUGUUCAAUUGUAAAGUCAAAACAUCCUAUUUAUUCAAAACCCCAAAAUACAAAAAUAGCACGAAACAGCUCAAAAAAUAAAAUAAAUAUUGGGGAAAAAUGUACUAAUAAAUCUUCGAGAAAAAAUUACAAACAAGACAAAAGCUUAACGAUUAAAAAGGUUCCUACUUUCGGAAAUUAUAAAGAAGACGAUUUUUCAGGCUCUUUAAGAGAUAAAGAUAAUAUAAACGAACAUUCCCAUGAGUACAAUAAUAAUAUAGAAACCACUAUGAAAGAUAGUUAUGAUAUAGAUAAAUAUAAAAAUACUUCAGAAAAUAUAUAUAAUUACUCCGAUUUUUGCAACAAUUCAAACAACAGAAAAUUAAAAAUAGAAACAAAGAAUGAGUUCAGAGAUAAGGGAAUAGAUUUAAAUUUUACACUCAAAAGAAACGAUAAUAUUAUGGAAGAAAAAAGUGGUUUUUCCAGUAUUCAAGAUAUAGAAAAAAACAGCAAGGACCGAAAUGGUGAAUUGAAUUUUGUAGAUCCUAAAAAUGAAAAUUGUAUUACAAGUAUACAUUCUAAUCGUUCUGUAGAUAGUAAUUUAUCAAACUCGACUUUAAUGGAAUUCAUAACUUCAGAUACAGAAUCAAAAAAUGAAUGCUACCCGAAUGAGUGCUGUAAUAGUGGUGUUUCCAAAUCUUCAACCUAUUUAUUACAUAGGAAUAGACAUACUAAAGGUAAUGAUGCUGCUGACAACUCUAAACGAGUUAAGACUAAAUUUUACGAUAUUACAGGUACACAGGAAAAGGCUAAAUAUGAUGUCCACUAUAAAGAUAAGAAAAUACUUGAUAAAAAUUUAUCAAAUUAUAAAAGUGAGAAAGAACAUAAUUUGAAGCCUAAAAAAAAUAAGAACAAAGAAUUAUCAGCAGUACAUAAGGAAAACCAUUAUGAAUCUUCUGAAAAUGCAUCAGUAGAAAAUUCAAAAAAGUACAAUAUGUCAGUAAAAUGUAAAAUGGAUCCAAUCACAGAUGAAAGUAAACACAAAAGCUGUUUAGGCGAAAUUAGUAAAAAAAAGAAUAGCAGUAAACUAAAACAGAAAAAACCAUGUAAAAAUUGUAAUUAUUUAAAAAAUAAUUUAGAUCAUGAAGCGAAUCUAUCAAGGGAUAUUAUAUACAAUAAAAGUAAAAAAAAAUUUAAGAUAAAAAGUUCAAGAUACACUAAUUAUCCGGAACAUAAAAAUAUUCAGAAUGACAAUAUUAGGAAUAACAAAUUGUAUAAUAAGAUAGACCUAUAUACGUCAGGGUCACACACCACUCCAUUUUUAUCUGGUCAUCACGAUCUUACACACCUUAGCGUUCUAAAAAAUCAGCAUCUUCACGGGAAACAAAGUCAUAAUAUUAGUAUAUCUAAACCAAAUAUUCAAGAAUCUUCGAAAAUAGGGCAAAUUAAUAUGUGCACAAUAAAAAAACCACCUAAUGAAAUAUUUCACAUGAGAAAUGAAUUAUCUAAUAUAGUGCAUAAUGACGUUCCAAUAAUGCAAAUGCAAAUAAACCAAGGAAAGGGAGCAUAUAUACCUAACAUACCAGUAUAUUCAUAUUCUACUCCAGCAUAUACACAUAAAAUACCAACUACCAUAAAUAAUAUAUAUGGAAAUAUAUCACCGAAUGGAAAAAUAGAUCUAUCACAUGACAGAAUAGCUGAAAAUAGUUCAGAAUUAACUAAGGAUAAAUUAUGCAAACCUGAAUAUAAUACAGAGACAUACCAAACAAAUGCACUUUUGCCUAAUAUUCAAACUAAUUUAGUUCAAGAAUAUGGAAUCUCGGCAGUGCAAAAUCGUCAGCCUGGAACACAAUCCCAGAUGUUUCAUAUGCCUAUAGAAUUAUCUCAAGCGCAAAUUCAAAUACAAACACCUUACACACGAACAGAAGCACCAAUCGCGCAAACGCAAGUGCCAACGACACUGACGCGCGUACCAAGUGUGCAAACACCCGUACCGAUGACACUCACCUACAUACCAAUUGCACAAACGCAAGUACCUAUGACUCAAACACAUAUAGGAACUUCCCAAUCCCAAGUACCUAUGACGCAUACGCACAUGCCAUCUGUCCAGACCCAAAUACCUACAUCCCAAAGACAAGCUGAUUUUUCUGUAAUGCAAGAAAAAGUUCCUCAAAUACAUGCUCAAAAUCUUCACGUGCAAAAUCAAAUAGCACAAACACAGCAAAUUCCUUUUAUAGAAAAACCUAUUGUUAUAGACCCAAUAACACUGAAUGAAGUAUAUUCAAAUAAUGAAAUGAGAAAUGUUGAUAAAACAUGCAACAUUGUAGUAUUACCAAAUCCAUUAGUAGAUUAUAAAAAUUACAACAACGAUAAUAGUUCAUGUAUUAAUCAAAACAAGGAAGAAUCUAAAACAGAUAAUCGUUUUAUUAAAUCAUUUGAUAUAAAUAGUUAUGCACCAUAUAAUAAAACAGAAAACAAUUUAAAUGAUUUAAAUAGGGAGCAAUAUAGUGAAAGGAGCGUUUCAAAAUUGUUUACCAAAUGCGGUGAUAAUAUUGAUGGUAUGAAUACAAAAAAUAUUAAACAGAAUAACUGUAUAGAAAGAAUUAAAGCCCUUGACACAGGGAUAACUUUUUUAAAAGCGGAAGAUGAAAUUUCAUCAUGGCUUAAAGCAUAUGUAAACAUACAACCACCAAUUGUAAAUGGCAAAAAACCCAAUAGGAUGAGUUACCCAAAUGUAUAUUCGAAUAACGGCAAUAAAAAUGUUUAUUAUACUAAUAUAAACAAUAAUUUAGCGGAAAUUUUUAAAGGUCCCUCGAAUUUUGAUUCGCUCAUUAUUCACAAUAAUAGUGAUAAUAGCAACGACAACAACGAUGGCACCAAUAGUAACAGUAACAAUAAUAACAGUAACAGUAACAGUAAUAACAGUAACAAUAACAAUAACAUGAACAUUCACGAGAUCAAUAUUCCCCAUUAUUCGGUAAACAGCAAAUGUACUAAGGAAUUAAAUACAUCUCAGAUAAUUAAGGCAUCAAAUGAAAAAUUAAUAAAUUUACAAAAUAAGCAAUUACUGGAAAUUUUACAUGAAAAAAAUGAUGUUAAAUCAAAUAAUUCUAACAUUAUACAAGAAAACAAUUACAGUUACAAUGAUAUAAAAUAUCAUGCUAAAAAUAACGCAAGUGAAAAAAAUGGCCAUAAUGUUGUAGAUAAUACAAGUAAUUGUUUUUCAUUUAUAAGUCCAACAGAAAAUUCCCAAAGUUUUGAAAAUAAAACAAACGGCACAAUUUUCUCGGCUAUACCUGAAGUUAUAAGCGUCCAAAAUCAAUUAAUACAGAAUGAAGCUCCAUUGACGGGUCAUUUAAACUAG